UUCUUUCUCUUACGACUUUCUCUCUCCUCCACCACCUUAUAUAUAAGCAUUCCGCCCUUUUAUUAUUCCGACAAUCCAAAUUUCGUGAACCCGAAUAUCUGAAAUAUAAUCCUUCCUUGGAGAUUAAGAAAUCGAUUUUCCAGCUUCAAUUUUAAAUGAACUUUUGAUUUUUUUUAAUCUUUCUCAAAAUUCAUUGAUUUUUGAUUUCUUCGUUUGAAUUUUUCCAAUAAUAAUAAUGGAAGUUUGCAAUGAUGUUCAACACCACCUUGAAUUCUCCAAGAGUUUCUUCAAUGGCGGUUUUGAUAAUGAUUCCGCCGCCUCUGAUUGCGAAAGCGGUGUCACGGGUGGCAGCGGUGGCGGCGGUGACUCUUCAUCUUCCUCUGGUUAUCGCCGGCGAGGAGUAUUUGAUGAGGCGCUUGCGGUUGAGCUGACUGAAGAUGAGAGAAGCUCCGAGGUGAUUCGACGGAGGUUUCUCUCUGCUAUGGUGGAUAAUACGGAGGUGGUUUCGCUUCAUCGGAGGAAUUGGGCGUUGGAUUUCUCAGCUCAAGCUCGAGUUCAAUCGUUUCAGUUUCACUCCAAAGCUUUGGCUGCUAAGCUUCGCGUUGGUUGCGGCGGUGGUGGUGAUGUUGGAGGUGGUUCCUCCGUCGUCAAAUUCGCCUGGUUCGGCGGUUCGAAAGAGAGGAUUCAGCAGGUUUUGUCCCGUGGUUUUAGCUUCCACGACCUCCAACACAACAACAAUGCCGCCAUUUUUCUUUCCCCUGAUCACUCCCCUGCUCAAAGUGUGGAGAAAUCGAUUCCAGACAGAAAUGGAGUCAGGCAUGUAUUACUCUGCCGUGUUCUACUCGGGAAAUCCGAGUUGAUUCCCGCGAACUCAACCCAAACAGAGCCGAGUUCCGACGAAUUCGACUCAGGGGUGGACGAUUUUGACAAUCCAAACAAAUACAUAAUCUGGAGUAAUAACAUGAACUCCCACAUUUUGCCUGAAUAUGUUGUUAGUUUCACAAUUCCACCGCCUUCGUCUAGAAUAACCAAAGGGUUUUCAAAGAUGCAAAAUGCGAUUAAAAUGCCAACAUCGCCAUGGAUUUCAUUUCCAGCACUAAUUUCCGUUUUGGGGAGAUUCUUGCCUGCUGAUGCAAUUUCCUUGAUCAGCAAGUAUCAUAAGGAGUAUAAAGAAAGAAGGCUUUCGCGACCAGAGCUUAUCAAAAUAGUGAGACAAAUAGCAGGGGAUAAGCUGUUAAUUGCUGUUAUUAAAUCUUGUAAAGGCGCUAAGGAAUUGAAGAUCCCAUUUGGUUUCUUGCGUAGUAGGAAUACUAACAAGGAUUAGGAAGCUAAGCUAGUUACAUACGAGUGCCAAUUUUCGGUGUUAUAGACCGGGUUUGAUUGUUGUGGUUGAAUUGGAUACGAAUGUAAAUUUGUUUUUUUUGGGAAGGGGGGUGGGGGUGCGAAGAUGAUAGAAAGAAUUAACAAAAGCAUACACUAGUUUGUAAUGAUCCUAAAUGCUCAAAGAGCAUACAUAUAUGAUGGGGUUGUAUCUUACUAGAUAGAUCAAAGUAAUGUACAUGUAUUCAAAAUCUUGUAUUACAAAGAUCUAUAUUGGAAUGAGAAUGAUCACAUUUGUUGAA